AUGCGACCGGCCUUGACUCGAUUGUUGAAGAGGCCCUCCGCGCUCUCGAUAAUCGACAGCCUCGCCGCAUCUUCAAUCGGAAUCGAGCAGUUGGAGUCCCGAUACGCGCGCCUCCGAUGUCAAUCACAAUGUGCCAAUCAAUCCUCAGUAGUCGACGGCAAUGACUCUAGCGUCUCUUACAAGAAAACGAAGGCUCCCUGGCCGUCCAAAUUGAAGAAAAAGUCGCUCAGUUUCUCUGUCCACGAUAUUGAACCCAAUCCUCGAUCCGAAGAACCUUCCUUUUGCGAAAACGACUCCACUCCAGGCCAGGAUUCGGAAUGCUUCGUCAAAUCACUACGACUCAAUCCAGACAAAUUGGAAUUUGAAUCGGAUAUUGGCCACACCAAUGACCUAGGAACACGAUUGGUGGACCUCCCGGAAUACAGGAACAAUUUUGAGCUUUGGGAAGAACUUCUUCGAUACCGCCAGCGCCACCACGGAGACCAGGGUACUCAAGUGAUUUGGGAAGGAUUGACGAACCGUGCAGGUGGAGUGAAAUUGCCGCUUACGGGGAAUCAGGCAGAUUUCUUCUGGCAAAGUUUCGUGGACCUAGGACUGACACGGGAGAUAUUCCUGAAGGAUGUCCUAGAUUACGCAAUAAUCCUUGGUGGCAGUGAUGGCUAUUGCUGGCCGCGGCUUUAUGAGCAGGCUGUUGGUGGUCUUCUGGACCGAGGUAUGAGUAAACAGGCAAUCGAAUGGCAUCGAAAGCUCCAGGAUUCACACCUUGCGAACCCUAGUGAUCUCGUACGGAUUAUUCCAUAUGCCAUUUCACCACCAUCUCUACCUCCCGUCAAUGAUUUGCUCUUAUUUGCCAAUCCCCGUCCUCGGCUACGUUCCAAGCCAUCAUACAUGCGGCUCAAGAUCCUGAAGGCUCUAUGUCGUGGAAUUGACCAUCACAUCUACGGCCCGGUCAUUUUGAAACUCCUGGAGCAAGGCUGGGGGGAAGACGCCUUAGCAAUGCAUGGCUGGCUGGUUGCUCGACAAGACCACCCUCGAUCAUUGCAGGAACUACAGCCCUUAUUGGAAUACACGAGGAAGUAUGCAUCUUGGCAAGAAUAUGACAGCCUUCAAGACUAUGCCCAGAAUAGAUUUCCGUCAUUCUCGCCCGAACAAGACCUGCCACAAAAACCACCAGCAAAAGAGGCCGAUGAAGGAGAUCAGGGAUAUACAAAGUCCAGCCGCUCUGGGAAACAUCAAUACAAAGACAACAUCGCCGCUAGACUGUUUGCUACUCGUGCUCUCAAUUUCGACAUGGUUAUAGGGGGCCUGAGGAUGCUCGGAAUAUCCAAAAUUGGCCCUAGAACUUUACGGGAGAUGGCCGUGCGAGCUCAUGAUAGUCAGGAAAUCCUAGAAAACCUCAAAUUGCUCCGCCAGUCUGGUAUUACCGCCGCCGACAGUGUCUUUGCAAGGCUGGUGCCGAAACUCGCAGCCCAGAAUCGCGAGUUCCUGCUUUCUGACUUGCUUCAAAGUGACCAACACCCUGAUGUUUUGGAGAAUGUAAAGCUGCAAGAAUCACUCUUGGUAUCAUACUACAUGGCUCGCGAUUGGCGCCAGUACAAUGUAUCACUAGCUAUCCUGGGAGAGCAUUUUUCGGAUUCUCCAGGCUUACUAGAUAUUCAUUUCCGCAAACACAUGGCCACCGGGGAGCUUACUGCAGCUUCCAAAGUGGUGGAUGAGCUUACCUUGCUUGGCAAGACCUUGAGCGAAGAUAGCGUGGACUUCAUGGCUGAAAAGCUCCUACCACGUCGCCGGGGGCACCAUAGACCGCACGUGGGAGAAUGCUCACCUGCCCCGAUUACCCAUGACGCAUUGAUGUUUGUAUUCAGGGUUCUCCAGCGUGUUGUUCCCACCGGAUGCUAUGUAAGCCCGGAUUUCUGGGUGGAACUUCUGAAGCGGCUGGGCAUGGGCAACCAUUGGGAUGAACUGCGAGAAUGCUCUUUGUGGCUUGUCAGUCAGUACAGUCAUCGGCCGGAAGAGAGUGGGAAACUCCGGGGAAUUUUCCCUCCCCAGCAAAGGUCUCUGAUCCGAUCGGAUAGUCGGGUGCUUGAUCUCAUUUUUGCCGAGCAGAUGCAACAAGCCAUCGUUUCCUGGGGCUUCAAGUUUCGUGUGACUUGUGACACAGAAGCUAAAAAUUAUUGUGUACACCCUGCCACAGGUGACAAGCUUAUUCCUUGGACUCGAGGCCUCAUACUUCUUCGAGAGCUGGAGGAAGCUGGUCUUACUCUUCAGCCGGGCCCAAUCCGACGUGCGACUCAGAUACGGUUGAACAUAAUAUUUGGAGCUUACUGCCAUUCCGCAGUGCGCUUUAACCGUAUGUUGCGGCGGGUCAAUCCCUACAGUCAAGAUCGAGUGUUUAAAGAUAUCAACCUUGCCUGGGGUAAUUCCCUGUUCCAGGGUGAGGAACAUUUGCAACCGGAGAAGCUCCUGAAUCCUACUCGCACAAACAUGUCGCGGAGGAAGUCAGGCAGUGUCUUAUUGUCACGAAGACCACCUCGGUGA